GCGUAAUGAGUAACUCGCUCACAGCGGCUGCAGUUGGAAGCCAUGCGACGUCACCAUCCGAGGCUUAUUGGCAGAAGGUGCUGCCAAACACUCCAAUGCCAAGUGCUAUACGAGAUUUCUUCAACCUGGAUUUAAUCAACGAGAAGACAGGCACCACCAUUGACGUAGGGAAGGUCAAACCCAAGGGUGGAGUCAAUGUGAACACAAGCCACAAGGGAAAGGCGCUGAUCAUCCUUGCCGCCAAACCCUUUUACUACUACCGUCCUCAAGGCUUUACAGAUGCAGCUGCUCAGCUCCGUGAUCAAAAUGUCACACCCUACUUCUUUAAGAAGGACUUGCACACAGGUGCUAAGAUGAACUUAAUCUUCCCCCAGGCCAUUACUGGGUCCACACUCCCUCGUGGGUCACUAAGCGGCCCGCCGCUUGAUGGAAAAAAGCUUCCUGAGAUCCUAAACAAAUUCUCCAUCGAACCCAAAUCGCCAGAAGCUAAAGAGCUCAAGGAAACCCUCCAAGCAUGCACCGAGCCCGCAAUCAAGGGUGAAGACAGAUAUUGCACGACGUCAAUAGAAUCCAUGAUCGACUUUACAGUAUCGAAGAUCGGAACAGAUGUCCAGGUGUUGGUGACGACCGUGGAAAAGGACACAUCGAUCCAAGUGUACACCAUUGCACAAGGGGUUCAGAAGAUAAGUAGCCCAAAGUCAGUAGCUUGCCACCCCCAAAUAUAUGUGUACCCGGUGUAUUACUGCCAUGAGACGCUCGCCACGAGUGCUUACGUUGUCCCGUUGGUUGGGACGGACGGUUCAAAGGUCAAGGCAGUUGCAUUGUGUCACGAGGACACUUCGUCAUGGAACCCCAAACACAUGUCAUUCCAACUACUGAAGGUGAAACCAGGGUCUGUUCCUAUCUGUCAUUUCCUCCCUCAGGAUAACAUAGUUUGGGUCCAAAAAUAACAAGUCCUUUUUCAAUCUAGGAUUACAUAUACCUUUAGGUUGAAUAUGUAGUUGGUGAAUGUUGUGGUUUAUAUCAUGCUUUGUGUGCU